ACUUGAGCUGAUGGGCGGGGCUUCUUUCAUUGGCCCGCCCCCCCUCCUCAACGAUUGGCUGUGGACGUGGGAGUCCCCACCUCCUGGGUCUGCGCCUGCGCCAGGGCCAUGGCAGGCUGACGCACCUGAGGAGGGUGGGAGGCGGUGGUGUCCCCUUCCCGUCGGCGGGCGGGAGAGUUAGAUAGCUACCCAAGAAAACACCAUGAAAGAUACUGACAUCAAGAGACUUCUGUAUACCAAUCUUUUGUGCGUAUUUUCAAUUUCCCUGAGCUUUUUUAUUCCGUCCUUCUUCCUGGAUAACUUCUCAAUCCUGGAAACUCACUUGACCUGGCUGUGCACUUGCUCUGCUCUUGUGACUGGUGUCAAUCUCCUGUUAUAUUUAGUAGUGAAACCAAAUGUACCUUCUAGAAGAAGUUCAUUAUCACAUAAGGUGACCAGAGUUUUGAAAUGCUGUAUGUACUUUCUUAUGUCUUGUGUGUUCCUUCAUAUCAUUUUUGUUCUCUACGGAGCACCACUAAUAGAGUUGGUGUUGGAAACAUUUUUAUUUGCAGUUAUUUUGUCCACUUUUACUACAGUACCUUGCUUAUGUUUGUUAGGACCAAACCUCAAAGCAUGGCUCAGAGUUUUCAGUAGAAAUGGAGUUACAUCCAUUUGGGAGAAUAGUCUUCAGAUCACUACAAUUUCUAGUUUUAUAGGAGCAUGGCUUGGAGCAUUUCCUAUUCCACUGGAUUGGGAAAGACCAUGGCAGGUCACUCCGGAGGGGCACCUGACAGAAGGCAUAGUUCUGUGGGUCUAGACUCGCUGGAGAACAGUUCAAACCCACAGCCAGGAUUGUCUCCAAACGGACCCGGCAGCCUGUCUCCUCCUGAGCCCUGUGAUGACUGCCAUUGUGCUUACAUGGGCAAUGCAUUAAAACCACCACCUACAAGCUGAUUUUAAAGCCUUCAAUAAUGUCUAGACAGGUCAGAAUCCUCUUCCAAAUGGCAGAGCCAUUUAUGAAAGUCAGUUUUUUUCCAUAAUAACUUGACUAACAGAUUCUCUGAGAUCCAACACUCACCUAGUUCCCACGGGGAUUUCCAAAGCUUGUAUAAAGUGCUGUGUCACACAUAUUUCCCCACUUAGGAACUUCAACCAUCUUCAUGAGUAAUAAAGAUCUACCCAGGAACGAA